AUGAAGGCCGCUAUUAUCCUCGCCGCCGCUGGCCUCGUUGCCGCUCAGCUUCCCGAUCUCUCUCAGGUCCCCCAGUGCGCUCUUACCUGCCUGAUCCCCGCCGUGACUAGCACCGGCUGCGCUCUCACCGACAUCCAGUGCGCCUGCGGCAAGAAGGAACAGCUCCUGGCCUCGGUCACCCCCUGUGUUGACAAGGGCUGCGACGCUGCCGACAAGGCCAAGGCCCUCGCUGCCGCCGAGGCCCUCUGCGGCGGCAGUAUCACCGGCGGCUCCUCCACCUCCGGCUCUGCCUCCUCUACCGGUUCUGCUUCCACCGGCUCUGCCUCCACCGGCUCUGCUUCCACCGGUUCCUCGGCCUCGUCGUCGGCCGCCACCACCGGCAGUGCCAGCACCACCGGCGGUGUCAUCCCCCCCGUCACCUCAUCUGCCGCCUCCUCUAGCAACGGCACCGCCACCAGCCACACCACCUCCCACAGCAGCACUCGCACUGGUAGCGCCACCACCUCGGGCACCCAGUCCUCCACCUCUGCCCCUGGCACCAACGACGCUGCUGGCCCUGUCGCUGGCGUCAUCGCUGCUAUUGCUGCUGCCGUCUUUGCUCUGUAA